AUGACACAAGCCUCCUCCGAUCCCCCGGAUAUAGAGAACCAACGCUCGGGUGCAAUACCAACCACCGAUGGAGUGUCGUCUCGGCAGCCGGCCCGCCAGACGCAGACACCCCUUUGCUUGAGCGACUUCCCGCCCGCCGUCAACCCGUUUGAUGCUCGAAUCGCCCAGCUCGCAUCCGACAGCGCCGCAUCCAAUGUCGCCCGCGACCCCGGCAGCUGCAUCCUGCUUGACGGGAGCCCCAAGGAUGCCGAUGCCGAUGCCGAUGCCGAUGCCGAUGCCGGCGCUGGCUUUGGCGUCUUGGGCUCUCUGCCCAGCCGUCGAGUCCUCCCGGCACCAUCGCAAGAUGAGGGGCCGGGGGCUGUUAUAGAGACCAAAGAGGGCCGCUGCGUUGCAAACGAUUCCGUUGCCGGGCAUGGCCGUGGACAAGACGGCGGCGCUGGUGCCGACCGCGGCAAGGGUAAAAGGCCCCUUGUCGACGAGUUCCGUAGGUCUUUCUGGCUCAUCGCCACCCACAGCUGGCUCAACGUUCUGCUGGUGUUUGUGCCUGUCGGCAUAGCCGUGGCCAACAUCCACGGCGUCCACGGCGGCAUAGUCUUCGCCAUGAACUGCAUUGCCAUUGUGCCCCUUGCCGGUUUGCUCAGUCACGCCACCGAGUCCGUGGCCAGCAAGAUGGGCGACUCGCUCGGCGCCUUGCUCAAUGUCACCUUUGGGAAUGCCGUCGAGCUCAUCAUCUUCAUCAUCGCCCUGGUGAAGAACCAGAUCCGCAUCGUGCAGGCGUCCCUGCUGGGCUCAAUACUGGCCAACCUGUUGCUCAUCCUGGGCAUGGGCUUUUUCUUGGGCGGGCUCCGCUACCGAGAGCAGAUUUACAACUGCACCGUCACCCAGAUGAGUGCUUGUCUGCUUAGCCUCAGUGUCAUUAGCUUGGUGCUGCCUACGGCCUUUCACGCAUCUUUCAAGGAUUCCAAACGUGCCGAUGCCCAGUCUUUGAAAAUAAGCCGUGGCACCAGCGUGGUCCUGCUGGCGGUGUACAUCAUUUAUCUGCUUUUCCAGCUCAAGUCUCACGCAUUCUUGUACGAAUCGACACCGCAGCACAUUGUCGAUGCUGAAUCGACGCCCGGUCCGGCUGCUGCCUGGCUGGACACCUCUAGCAGCUCAGACUCGGACUCGUCGUCGAGUUCCGACUCGAACUCGUCGAUCCACUCUCGCGACACUAUCGGUCGCAAGAUGAAGAAGGUUCUGCGUGGUGGGCGACGACGAAAGUCCUCCCUCGCCUCGAUGGACGCAAACGACGUCAAAGCAACGCAGACCAGUUCCGCGGCGCCGCCUGGCGGUGGAAACCCCAGCCCUGGUGACGAAGCGGUAUCUGAGGCAUCGUCGUCCCGCAAACACUACUUUGCUCGUGUGCCACCGUCAACGGAUGAGGUAGACAGCUCGGAUGACGAGGAAGGCAGCAGCCGGCGUCGGAAGCGUCGGCACCGCCAUCGCUCGCGCAGAAAGCACAGGAAGAGAGAGCGUCGGGACAAGAAAAGCUCGCCACGCCCUGCAGGCGCGCAGGACGAGGCCGGGCUGCAGGAUCGAAUCCACUCGGACACGCGCCGCGUCGACUUUGCGAUCCCUCCGCCUGGGACAACAGCAUCUGACGCAGCUGCGGCGGCGGCGGCGGGCUCAAGCGGCAACGAGUCUGCCACUCCCAAGCGGCCAUUAUCCGCCUUUCGAUCCGUCUCCAUCAAGACGUUUGCGCCGACCGUCUUUGCGCAGAAGCCCAACGCGGCGGGGGCGGGGGCGGCGCCUCCCAUCCUAACCGGUCCGGUGCCUCGGGUUCGGUACGGCAUCAGGCGCACCAACUCCCUCCCCGACAGGCUGGGCCAGCAUCACCUACGUCCCGCCGGCGCCAUGCUGCCCGCGCAGAUCCCUCUGGCGUCGCUAAACGCCGCGGCCGCAGCCACCAGCGACGCCCCAGACGUCCAGGAGGAGCACCUGACCCGCGCGGCCGCCAUCAUUCUCCUCCUCACGACGACGGCCCUGGUUGCGCUGUGCGCCGAGUUCCUGGUCGGCUCCAUCAGAGAGGUGACGGAGAGCUCGAGCCUGGGGGAGAUAUUCAUUGGCCUUAUCAUCCUCCCGAUUGUCGGCAACGCCGCGGAGCACGUGACCGCGGUGACGGUGGCGAUGAAGAACAAGAUGGACUUGGCCAUAGGCGUGGCCGUGGGCAGUUCCAUCCAGAUUGCGCUGUUUGUGACGCCGCUGGUGGUUAUCCUGGGAUGGAUCAUGAACAAGGAGAUGACCUUGUACUUUACGCUGUUCGAGACGGUGUGCCUCUUUGUCUCGGCCUUUAUCGUCAACUUUCUGGUGCUGGACGGGCGCAGCAACUACCUCGAGGGCGCGCUUCUGUGCGCCGUCUACUUCAUCAUUGCCGUCGUGGCGUUUUUCUUUCCCAACGACGACGAGGCGAACAACUGGGGCCACUAG